CACCUCGCGGCAGCCGCUCUCUGCGGAACGCCGCCGCCGAUCAGUCCGUAUACGUACUGCGCGCCGGUCGCUAUGUGAACGGUUCACGCGCGUGUGUGUGACUUGUGUGAUUUUUUUUUCCCCCCGGAUAUUGUCAUCGUCGCUGUUACAUGUUAUUUUGUUAAUGUAUUUAAUACGCCAGUACGACAACGCUAAAUUAACAAUAAUAUUAUAAAAUACCAUCGUCCGUCUAUACGCCGUCGGCGCCGCGCAUGGUAUUUUAUAAAAAAUAAAUUUUUUACCGAUUCGCGGUCCGAGAGAAUAUCGCGGCCGCGCCGUACGAAACGGAGGCCUUUUUUUUUUUUUCCGCGUACCGAGAAAUCGGAAAAAAAUAAAUAAAUAAAUAAAUCCCGCGAUAAUUCCGUCGCACCGCGGUGUAAUAUUUUUUCGACCGACCGCCGCGGUACAGUCGCCGUCGCCGCAGUUGGACGCACCGACCGCGGUCGUCGCCGUCGCCGUCGCCGCGUCUCGCCGCACGAGACAACGGACAAUAUACCGACCGUGUGCGCCGACAUCUGAGUGUGCGGUGUUUUUUUUCUCUUUAGACCGGUGUCCGAAAAUCGUUCGCAAUUACGGACUUAACGAUUUACCCGCGCAGUGUUCGGGGCGCGUCGGUUGAAUGUGAUUGGAAAGCGCGGGUGAUGGCCACCACGUACCUGCCGGUCAGCGGUGGCGGCCCGGGCCCCGGCGACCUGGACGGUAUGGGCGGCAUGUCGGUCAACCAGCCGGGCGGCGGCCCGUACCAGCAGCCGUCGCCGUCGCCCCGCGGCCAGGACCACCCGGCCGGCGAACUAAAAUAUAUGCCGCCCGGGCAACACCAUCAUCACCAUCACCACCACCAUCAAGUUCCUACGUCACCGUCGCCGGUCUCGUUGUCGGCGGCCACCAGCUGGGUGGACCCGUGGGCCACUUCCAUGGGCAUGCACCAUCACCAGCACCAUCCGCACCAUCCGCACCAGGGAUUGGACAUCAAACCGCCGCCGGACAUGCGAGCGGUAACCGGCGGCGGCGGCGGCGGUGGCGGUGGCGGCGGCGGCGGCGGCGGCGGAGGCGGAAACGCGCAAUCCUGGCACACGGGCCCACCGCCGCCGGUCGUGUCCGCGGGCCACUACAACAGCAGCGGCGCCGGAUCGCCGCAACUCGGCCACCACGGCGCGUACCACGUGAUGAACGGCAUGCUGGGCCAUACCCAUCCGGCCGUGCAAAUGCACCACAGCCCGUCGUACCCGCAACAGCACGAUCCGCAGUCGCCGGGCGGCGAAGAGGACGCGCCCACGUCCGACGACCUGGAGGCGUUCGCCAAACAGUUCAAACAGCGGCGGAUCAAGUUGGGCUUCACGCAGGCCGACGUGGGUCUGGCGCUCGGCACCCUGUACGGCAACGUGUUCUCGCAGACGACCAUUUGCCGGUUCGAGGCGCUGCAGCUGUCGUUCAAGAACAUGUGCAAGCUCAAGCCGCUGCUGCAAAAGUGGCUGGAAGAGGCGGACUCGACCACGGGGUCGCCGACCAGCAUCGACAAGAUCGCGGCCCAAGGCAGGAAGCGCAAAAAACGCACUAGCAUCGAGGUGUCGGUGAAGGGGGCGCUCGAACAGCAUUUCCACAAGCAGCCGAAGCCGUCCGCGCAGGAGAUCACGUCGCUGGCCGACUCGCUGCAGUUGGAAAAAGAGGUAGUGCGCGUGUGGUUUUGCAACCGGCGGCAAAAGGAGAAACGCAUGACGCCGCCGAACACGCUCGGCGGACCGCAGGACGGCAUGAUGGACGGGUCCGUGGGCGGCGGCGGCGGAGGCCCGAUGGGCCACGGCGGCCUGCACCAGGCCUACCAUCACCAGGACCACGUGAUGCACGGCUCGCCGAUGGGACCGCACUCGCACUCGCACAGUCCGCCGAUGCUCUCGCCGAUCGGCAACCAUCAGUCGCUUGCGGCUCAUUAACGUUUCGCCCAGUGGGACGUUGAGUACUCACGGCACCUGGCCAAGAUGCAGCAACAGCAGCAGCACCAGGAAUGCACGUAGUAGUAGUACUUGUUUACUGUUUCGAACAACGUCUCGCUCUGGGCGACAUUUUAAAAAAUAUAUUACGCACACGAACGUCGUUAUUGUUGUUACGAUACAUACGCGUAACGAUAAACCGCCGCAAGAUGCGCACAUAUAUAACCAAUUCGACUAUGUAAAUACAUAUAUAUAUAUAUAUAUAUAUAUAUACAAUUAUAUAUAUAUAUAUAUAUAUAUACAUAAUAUAAAUAAUAAAUAUAAAUACAAAAUAAAAUAUGAUUACGAAUACGCGAACACGGAUCGUGCGUAUUAUGAAUUGUAAUAUACAAAACAAUAUAUACUAUAUAUAUAUAUAUAUUUAUAUA